AUGUCUAUUUUUUGUACAGGUGAAACUUUGUUUCCUUUUCAGCAAUCGUCCGACAGAAAUGAAGGAUCGGUUCACCAGUCAGCGGAGCGAGGAGGAGCCCACUUGCCGUCAUCGAGGCAAAACAGUACGUCAAGCCUACCUGGUAGGGAGGAAUCGGAUGAAGACCUUGAGUCUCGCAGGUUAUCGGGAGCUACGAAACGAUUUAUUAACUCAUCGACAAAGUUAGUGGAGGAUGUCCUGCCCGGAAACAUAGGGAAAAUUCUUCCCAAGGUGGUGGAUGACAGCAACGACGAAGUUUGCUACGACCGUGUUGGGUGUUUCACAAACAGGGACUUAUUAACACUGCCUUCCUCGUUCCCGAUUGAACCGGAGAAAGUGAACACGAUGUUUCUGCUAUAUUCCCGAAGCAAUCAGCAGAAUCCGAUUACCAUAGAAAACAAGGGAUCAUCACGUGAAGGCAGAGUGAACCAAUUCAGGCAGCCGAAACCACUGAAAAUUUUGGUGCAUGGAUUUAAUGAAGAUGGAAAUGCCACCUGGGCCAGAAACAUCAAGGACGCACUUCUGGAGGAGGAACACUGCAACGUAAUUAUCGUCGACUGGAAAGGUGGUGCGAAGACUUUAAACUACAUUAAGGCAGCUGGAAAUACCGCACUCGUAGGAAGAGAAAUAUCUCUUCUUCUACAGCGGCUAGUCAAAUCACACCAGGGAGCACUAAGACCAGCAGACAUCCAUCUCAUUGGAUUUAGCCUCGGAGGUCAAGUGGUAGGCUUUGCCGGAAGGCACUUCCAGAAAGACACCAGAAGCCUCAUCGGCCGUAUCACAGCCCUCGAUCCAGCAGGUCCCCUCUUCGACGACACAGAGGUAUCCGUGUCUAGCAAAGAUGCGGAGUACGUGGACGCUAUCCAUACAAGCGGUGGAGAAAAAAUUAUCAGUGGUCAGCUUGGCAUCGACAGACCUGUAGGGCACGUCGACUUCUAUCCGAAUGGUGGCAAGAAACAGCCGGGUUGUCCACCUCUCGAUCUGACUUGCGAUCACAACCGCGCCACGUUGUUUUUCCUGGAGUCCAUCAAGAACAAAAGGUGCCGGUUCGUGUCGAGUCCGUGUCAAGGAGGCUACUCGGCGUUCCUGGAAAACAAGUGCGUGCAGAGGGGGGAGCGCGGAGAAAUGGGGUACUUCAGCCCGCGAGCUCGAGGACGCGGGAUCCAGGUGCUGACGACCAACACGCAAUCAGAAUUCUGCGUGGGAAGUGCGUGA